UAGAGCCAUAGAUACAGUAAAUAAUAAAGCAAUGUCGGUCGAUCGCCCAUCGUGUUUUAUUUUUUUAUUUUUUAAUUUUGUGAUUUCGCAUAGACGAACGAUAACGAAAAUUAAUGUCGAGAGCGAUGUAAGAAUCGCUGGAAAAUGUGCGUUAAAUUCAUCUCGUCAGGUUCGCGGACUGGAAUUUCCAUGAAAGUAUUAGCAAUCCAUAGCGAGAUUAGAUUAGCUGAUUGAAAUUCAUUGGAAAGAGAAAAUUAUGUGGGCCGCAGUGUCAAGAUCGUUGGAGAUACUCGUUGCCUUCUUCGAAUACUACACUACCAGAGCGCAAUUAGAGACGACCGGUAGUCCCUCUAGCAAAUCUCCAGCAGGUGGUAGCGGUGGUCCAGCGAGUGGUGCAGCAGGAGCAACAGCGGCACCAGGAAGCGGCGCCAGCAAUGCCGGUGGUGCGGAACCCCGUACACCAACUGCCGGACCACAGAAUAAGCAAUUGCAGAAUGUCAAAGGAGAUCAUCCCUCGAAAGCAUUUCUACAGAGCAGAUCCAUCUCUUUGGUCGACAUGUACAUCGAUAAUUCGGAACCGAGCGAAAACGUCGGCCAGAUCCACUUCAGUCUCGAGUACGACUUCCAGAACAGCACGCUUAUUCUGCGCAUCAUACAGGGUAAAGAUCUGCCGGCGAAGGAUUUGUCAGGUACUUCUGAUCCGUAUGUACGUGUAACAUUGCUCCCGGACAAGAAACACCGACUCGAGACAAAAAUCAAAAGGCGCACAUUGAAUCCGAGAUGGAACGAGACGUUCUAUUUCGAAGGUUUCCCCAUACAGAAGCUGCAGAGCAGAGUAUUACAUCUACACGUCUUCGACUACGAUCGAUUCUCGAGGGAUGACUCCAUAGGGGAAAUGUUUCUGCCGCUUUGCCAGGUCGAUCUAUCCGAGAAACCAUCGUUUUGGAAGGCUCUUAAGCCGCCAGCUAAAGAUAAAUGUGGAGAACUCUUGUGCUCGCUGUGCUAUCAUCCGAGUAAUUCUAUAUUGACAUUGACUCUCUUAAAGGCAAGGAAUCUCAAAGCUAAGGAUAUCAAUGGAAAAUCAGAUCCAUAUGUCAAAGUGUGGCUACAGUUUGGCGACAAAAGGAUCGAGAAGCGCAAGACUCCAAUUUUCAAAUGCACCUUGAAUCCAGUAUUUAACGAGGUAUUCUCCUUUAACGUACCUUGGGAGAAGAUCAGAGAAUGCUCUUUGGAUGUUAUGGUAAUGGAUUUCGACAACAUUGGACGGAACGAAUUGAUCGGUCGGAUUCAGCUCGCAGGGAAAAAUGGAAGUGGCGCGAGCGAAACGAAACAUUGGCAGGACAUGAUCACAAAGCCGAGACAGACCAUUGUGCAGUGGCAUCGCUUGAAGCCCGAGUAAAGGACACCUUGAUCGACGACAAAUGAUAUUCUGUCGGGCGAGUUCCCCCCUCAGGGCGCCUCGCCCGUCAAAGUUACGUUACGUUAACGAGACGACAACUCUUCUGUUUUUCUCCUCCUCUUUUGCUCGAUAUUCUCCUCCCCGCAACCGAUCUCGAUGAGUACCGUAUCCUUCGACGGCUGUACAAUAUCCCCUCGAUAUCGCACGGGCCGCUAUUAGCGACGCUGGUCGUCGGAGAGCCGAUCAAAUGUUAAUCGUGAUUGGGAAUCCGAGGAAUCCGUUUCUCGUUAUCAUCCGUUGUUGAGCCAUUGUCGUGCGCUAACGAGCAACGAUCGUCGUGACGAAUCGUCGUUAUUCGCUGGUACAGGCGGCGAGUCCUCAAUCUUGUCAAGGCGCGCGACCGAGCGUUCUGAACGCCCGCGUCGUUCGAUACCGAGCCGCCAAGGCAUCAGCGAUAAGAGGCGUCAAGACGCGUUGAGAUUUUGCCGAAGAGAAAUUAAUAGCCGCACCGAUGAUCGCGGCUAAUCCGCGUCCGCAAGAGGAAAGAUAGCAAAGACGGCUACGGAGGAAACUGAGUCUUCCGUCGUAGCGAAAUCGGGCAGCGCCUCUCCGGGCACGUCAGGUGCUCCACUCCUCUCUUACUUUCACCCUCUUCUUCUCCCUCUCACCCUCUCUCCUUCCUUUCUUCCCCCUCUUCUUGUCCGUGUCCACCUGCCGUUGCCGCCUGGCGCGGUGUUUAACGACACGGGGAUGCGAAAUUAUAUCGCUGAUAAAAUCGGCAGUUUGCUCUUGAACGAGCGACCCGAUCGUCUGUUUGUCAGUCUGUUUCGCGCGAACGUUUAAUGAACGUUUAAUCUCUCUAGUCAGUUUAAACGUUCUUUAGUCGUUUCACAGGGCUUUUGUAUCGUUUGAGUCUACGCGCGCUCGAGAUCAUGUUGGAGGAUCGUGGAAUUUUCAUAAUCGAAGGGGCAAGUAGAAGAACGAGACACACAUCGCGUUCUUCUACAAAAGAAGGAGUAUUUUAUAAGAGAAAAGAUUCGCAAGUUAUUAUAACAGUAAUAUCAAUUUUAUAAUGUGAUAGCUCUUGUUGAAACUCAUUCGUGGAUCAUGGAUCCGUGUACAGCAUUAAAUUUUCGCUACUACAAUUGUUGAUUGAUGCUUGAGAUUAAUGGCGAUAAUACAAUACGAUCCGUAUGUUACGCAUUGCUCUUUUUUACUUGCCCCUUCGACUGUUUUAACUGGAGAAAAUUACUUCGCGUUAAGGUGAUGAAAUCCGAACUACAAAGUCGACGAGCUUUCUAAAACAAUGAAUAUGACUUUAGCACGAUGACGAUGUUACAAAUUUGCAUUCAUAUUUAUAUUUCUAUUAAAUGUUAUCAUUAUGUAUUAAGAUACAAUGCGUGCGCAGGACUUAUCGAUAAUGCGAAACCUAUCAUUUAAUCGGAUCUUUGUUAUCGGAGUUGAAAAGUUCUGUAACCUAACAAACGACAAAUGAAUUUGCACAUUUCUGCUUAUUCUUUUUCAUCUGGCUCCUAAAAGUUACACCUCAAUCAAAAAUUUCUUGAAAAUUUAUUUUUUUUCUGAAGAUAUUUCUGAAGAUAUUUUUUCAAUGAAAUUUCCUAUAGUGACAUAUUUUUAGAUACGACCGAUAUCCUAUUUAAAAAAAAGAAUUAUGAUCAUAUGAUCAUAAGAAAGAUUCAAAAAUCUUUCACGUCUUAUUGUUUUAAAUAGGAAAAAGCGAUUUUUGAAUUAACUUCACAAUUUAAUAUUAUAAUAUUAUAAGUGCGAAAAUUUACCUACUUAUUAAAUAAACACGUAUUCGCUUUGGUCGUAGCUAAAAAGGUGUCAUCAAGAAAUAAAGUAACCUUUACAAUCGAGACCCACAUGCAAUGUGGCUUUUAAGAAUAUUUUGCUAACAAAGUUUUGGAACUAAACGCAACCCUAUCGGAACAUUCUCGCUUACAGGCUACAGUUGUGUACAGGCGAUCACUUUUAGGGACAAUUUCAAUGGAUUUUAGAAGUCAACUUUACUUGCAGACUACAUUGGCUUUACGUGCGAUUUUUCUUUCGCCAUUUUCCCCAGGGGUACGUGUGACGAUUAGUUUCGACGUAUUCGUUAAAAUCGUUAAAAUAGCGCUGAAUCCGCAACAAACUCGGAUGCUGGCGAAAAGUACAGGAUAUUACUAUAGUUUCCAACGUUGAUGUUUGUGAUGUAGGAUGCUUUUGAGACUGCGAAGAAACGGGCGAAAGAAUAAAUAAUUACUGUUAUUACCGGAACGUGUCCCUUCUAACGGGGAUGAAACAUUUUGAGCUAGUUCAUAGGAGACAAGCGAUAUCCUUGUAGGGAUGGGCAAUAAUUAGUACGUAAUCAUUUCGACCGAUUAUUACAACCAGACAUUUUAACCAUGAAAAAUGAAUACCGUGAAAGAUGAAUAUCAUGAAAGAUGAAUAAAGCGACAAUUAAAUGUUUAUAACUUUUAUGCAAGCUUUUUGUAAUUACGAUCUUUUGAUUUUUAUUCGAAUGGUAUAAUAAUCGAGCAAGAAUUGAACAUAUUUUGUAUGUACAUACUAUUAGAUUCAACGAAUUAACUUUGAUUGCUUCUGAGUUGCUAUUCAAUUAUUAACUUUGCGAUUGGUGAUUCGAUACGUUUGAGAAGUUAUUCUUGUGAAAUGUCUAUAUUCCAAUAUUGACGCACGGAUUAAUUUGGAAAAAUAAUCUGUCAACAACCGACUAAAA